CUUGGUUGCUUGGACAAUACACAAACAUCCAUCCACUCCGAGUCUCAACCCCCGAUCCCACCCGCCGUCUUGUUCAUCCCAACUCCACUCUUCCACUCGAACUCGAACUCGCAGACACUGUAGCUCAUCGUCAUCCCGUGGGGCAUUUCUGUUACAGAACAUCAACUAUUCGACUCGACUUGCAUAGCUCCAGAAGUCUAUCCCUCCAUCACCAUCAACUCCAAAUCAGCUCUAGGAUCAGCACCCACCCUAGCCAACCAACAUCAGCUUCAACCUAGCCUGAGCUCGAGAAAUCUAUCUCAGCAUCCCUCAAACGAAACACCUCGACCAGUCCCAGUCAGCUCCAAGCUCCUCGGCACCGCCGUCAAAAUCGCCCAACAUGGUGGGAGUCAACAUGAUCAAGAUGAUCCUGCGCUGUGUCGCUCUAUUCAUAACGCUGCUCCUCACAGCCAUGAUUGGCAACGUCAUCGCCACCAACAUCGACGGCUACGGGUCUGCCACGGCGGCUAUCAACUUCAUCAUGUUCGUUGCCGUCGUAUCAUGGAUCGUUUGCAUAAUGGGCAUCGCCUCCUUCUUUACCUCGGUCCUCUCCAACCCAAUGAUCCAAACACCCCUCGAUUGUGCCGCCGUUCUCUUCACCUUCAUCGCUGCUAUCGUCGUCUCAGCCAAGCUACGUAUGGUUGACUGCGGCGAUAUCAAUGACAAGAAGAUGCCUAGUGACUGGAUCGCCUGGGGAGGACCUAACGACGAGAAGCGGUGCCGUGAGCUUCAGGCUGGUGCCGUCUUCUCUUGGUUCCUCCUUACCUGCUUUUCCGCCAGCUUGUUCUUCACCCUCAAGGAUGCUCGCGAGCACCUCGGUGGUUCUUUCAGAGCUGCUUCAAGACCCAGCAUGUCCCAGCUUCACGUCUGAGCGACAAGCAGGACUGUCGAGAAUGACAAGACACGACAUAAUACGAUACGACACGACAUGACGCACAAUGCAAGCCCAAAGAUACCCCCUUCACAGCUGCGAUUGUUUGCGUCGUGGCAUUCGUAUCCAGAGCCCUCCAGCUGGAGCAGAAGCCCAUGCUAGUUGGGUUCGUCGCCCCUACGGCGCGCUGGGCAGCGCUGGGCACCUUUGGGACUUUGGCGCAGGAAGACGGUACAUGGCAUGUUAGCAAGGCGAGGUUUUCUGGGUUGCUUUUCUUCGCAAUAGUAAUGUUCGAGCAUGGGUCAUGUUAUCAUGUGUAUAAAAGGUGGUGUAGCAGCAAGGCCAGACCAGGCCACGAGGGAGCCAAAAGAACGGGC